AUGUUGCUGUUUUUACAUCACUUUACAAUUCUAUGGUUACUGCUUCAAAUUAUUACUUACUGCAAAGGAACUAUUCACGGAUCUUUAUUUCUUUCCGUUUCUAGAAAUAUCACUAAAAGUACCUUUCCUGUUGCUAUAAAACUUGAAGAGAUAUCAGAUGUAAUACUUGUGAAAUGUCCAGGAAAAUAUUACAAGCACUCGAAUGCUAGAGAUAAUUUUGCCUUAAUUGACUCUUUAUGGUCGCCAAAUUCUACAAGUAGUAUUGAAAAACCAAUCUAUGUUUGGACAACACUGUCGCAUAGAGCAUCUGGAUAUAGUAUAGUCACUUGUGGGGAACUUGGUAUAAGACGUUUUGACAAUAGUUUAAUCACCUAUGAUUGGAGUUACCAAUUCAAUUGGCUGUCUAAACCAAAACCAUUUGAAAUAGCAAAAAGAGAGAAAAUAUCAAAGACACUCCCUUUAUCUAAUAAUUGUAAUGACAAUCCAGCUAAAGUUGUCAAAUUCACCAGAGAUAAACAAGGAAAUAUGAAACGUCUAAAUAUAAAUAAUGCUGAUUUAAAGGAAGCAGAUGAAAUACCUCAUGUCAAUAAAUUAUAUUACUUUUUUGUUGUACCAGAAGAAAAUUCUACUCUGGUACAUGUACCUCCUUGUGAAAUUGUUAAGAGCAGUUAA